UUUGGUUAAUAGUAGUUCCCUAUUUUCUCCUUGUCUUCCGCUUUGAAAUAACCUCUCAACUAUAAAUACUUAGUCCGUUCUAUUCUUGCAUCUCUUUUGCGUCUAAUAACAAAGCCCAAACUAGCAACCUUUUUGUGAUCGAGAAAGAGAAGAUGGACCAAGAUAAUGCACUAUUAUUUGAUAAUGAUGAUAACGUGGAUCUUACAAAAACCUACAAAAGAGCCAGAAAGCUUACUUCGAAAAAGCAAAAGGGUCUUGCCAAAACUAAUUUGCCAGAGUCAAUUGUUUCCCUGAUUAAUGAUUCAACCCUGGAUCAUAAUCCAAGUUCUGUAUGUGGAAAGUCACAAGUUGUCUUCACAGAGAUGGGAGAAUUUGUCUCAGGUCUUCAGCUUCAUGAAUUAAAAGAACAAAAACCUAGUAAUAUUCAUGUGCUGCCAAAUCACUCAACCAAAGAAGAGGAACCAGUUAUAACUCCAGAUCAGACGAUACGUGAAGUUCCAAUUGGCAAAGGUUUAUCAGAGGCUCUCAAAUUAAUGAGAGAACGAGGUACACUCAAAGAAGAUAUUGAAUUGGGUGGUCGAAACACGGACAAGAAGAAAAACAAGCUUGUAGACGUUCGUCGUGAUGAGGAAGGGGAAAAAGAAAUACACAUUGAGAGGACUGAUGAAUAUGGAAGAAAUCUAACUCCAAAAGAGGCUUUUCGGGUGUUUUGCCAUGGAUUUCACGGGAAGGAGCCUGGAAAAAAGAAGCAAGAAAAACGUAUGCGGCAAUACCAGUUGGAGCUGAAGAUAAAAAAGAUGAAAAAUUAAGAUACAACAUAACUGUCCGAGUUAGGAGAUAUUCGCACUGUGUUAAGUUCAGCAAUGUGUGAUUUAUAUUCUGUUCAUACUUUGUUUCUUAUUGCCUUGGCUGAUUAUCGUUGUUCUGAUUUGAUUGCCAAUUUAUACUUGGCUAACACUUGGGCACAACUUUUAAUUAAGUGUUGUUUAGUUGCUUCUUCUUUAGAUUCACCUAGAAUUUUACAAUUGCAGCUAAUUGAUUAGAUGAUUUGGCAUGUCA